UGGAAAUAGCAAAGCAAUAGCACAUUCCAUCCAGUUGGUUCGUCAAUCUUUGGCCCGUCUUGUCCAUGGUAAGCGAUUAUCAUGCCGCAAUCCACAGAGCUAGUGAUCCCAUGUAGCAAUUAUGUGCCGCACUCCAAGAAAACCAGAAAAACGCCUCCCCCCUCUCCCCUGAUCAGCACGGCCAAUCUCCUGCUCUGGAUUUGCCUAGAUUUACCUAGGUACAUUACCUAGUGCCUCAGGGACCGCUGCGGGGUCCAUUAUGGUGGCACACCGGGCGAAGCACAAAUCGGGAUUCUCCACAAACGGCACACGCGACAGAUGGUAACGGUAUGGAGAUGAGCGGCAUGAUAAGAAGACUGGAGUGUGUAUAUGUCUGGGCCCAAACCCACCAUCUUCAUCAAAUUCGCAAUUCGCAAUUCCACUCGACCAUUGCCCAACGCCUGUCGAAGACAUCAAGUUUGAGUAUUGUGACGUCUCUGACGUCUCGCUCUAUUCGUCAUGGGAAUCACGCCAGCUGGUCGAGGACCGGAACUCCUCGGGACGGUUGGCUUGUUCGUUGCAUUGAGUACCAUCGCAAUUAUCUUACGAUGCUAUACUCGGAUAUGUAUUGUCAAGAGUUUUGGACUCGACGACUACACUGCCCUCGCCGCUUGGAUUCUUUUCAUCUUGUACAGCACCUUCGCUAUGUCGGGCGUUCAUAAUGGAACUGGCCAGCAUGCUGUUGAUAUUCCUAAGGAGGUGCUUCCAGUGGGCUUAAAGUGGUGGUGGGCAUGCGAACCUGCCUACAUCUUGACUUGUAUGGCACUAAAACUCAGCAUUGGAAUCUUCUUGCUCCGAAUCGCCGUCGUCAGGACCCAUAAAAUUAUCAUCUGGACUGUCAUUAUCGUCACAGAGACAUACUCUACGUUUUUCUUCCUCCUUUUCGUCCUACAAUGUCGUCCCUCGGCAUAUUUCUGGACUCAGUACACUGGUGGAUCGGGCACCUGCAUCGACCCGAAGAUCACUGUCCAGGCUUUCUACGGCUACUCUGCAAUCUCCUGUAUCGGUGACUGGACAGUUGGCAUCCUUCCUGCCUUCAUGGUUUGGAACCUGCAAAUGAAUCGCCGCACCAAGCUCUCCGUCGCUGCUAUUCUUGCCGUCGGCUGCAUUGCUUCAACCGCUACAAUCAUCCGCAUUCCAUUCAUCAGCGGCAUGGCCGACAUUAACGACUUCCUCUACUCCACUAUGGACGUUGCCAUCUGGUCCACCGUUGAGGUCGGCAUCGGAAUUGUCGCUUCCGCCGCCGCCACUCUGCGCCCGCUCUUCCGUGUUUUCUUCGCCGGUAGCAAGGCUGUUAAUGGUGGCAGCUCCGCCCCAGCCUCGAGCCAUUGGCCGAAAUCGGGUUAUAUCCGCAGCAGGGACGCGAACGAAGCGUUUGCGCUCCGCAGCGAUAUUAGCAAGACCGGUGGCGUCACAACGGUCAUCCAGGGGGAUGUGGAUAUGGAGAGCGGGCACAUGAAGAGGGAAUCGCAUGAUGGGAAUGCGAACCCGGCGGGGUGGAACAACAGCGAUGCACAGUUGAGGGGGAACAGCAGUGACGAAGAGCCACCGGCCUGGAAGGGAGGGAUUGUGAAGACCACGGGCAUGACGCAGACAAGGCAUUAAGUUUACUGUUAGGAUUGGUGUGUGCGAUUAUACCUGCGAUGAUACCAUUUUUUAUGCUAACUAAUUUACUUGAUUCCAAAAUGAACUAUUCACAAAUUGUUUCUUGGUCUUAUUGAUGCUGAUAUCCUUGCUAGGAUUCGCGGGUUGUUGGUUUGCAGUUGCUGAAUGUGGAAGGUCUGGCACGGUCCAUUCAUCCUUCAUCCUGGGAGGCGGAUGCCAUGCUUUUUGCCCUGGAAGACUGAUAGCAUGGUAGGGGUCAGAUCUAGGGAAGAUAAGAUGGAAAUGCAUGUGCGUAGGGUGCCCUGGUUCUUCCAUGUGUUUGUGUGAUGGUGACCAGAGUGCCGUGGGUUACAUCGUCUUGGACUUCCCAAUUCGUCUAUCUUGUGCCUAUCUUAUUUACAUGGGACCUAUAUUAUAGGGUCUGCGCUAUGCAUGAAAACAUCAAAGCGGCGGCAGACGGCUGUCUCACUGCUAUACCACCUUCGUCCCAGCUGGGACAUACUGGCCAUGGCUUGCGUCACGUCGUCGGGGAACCAACCCCAAACCAAUCCACGGGACCGCACCGCUUUCUUCCCCAAGGGGUUCUGCCCAAGCCCACCAGUCCCCAACGGUUUCUUGGCCGACCUGCUUUGGAGAAAGUUGUGCAAGUACCUAUACGCGUAACUUUAUAAAUGCGCUUUGUCGCAUAUACUUUGUCUAUUUACAUGAAUCUAUAUCAAAACUUAUA